CGGCUUGUGCCACCUGACAGUUGGCCUCAUAGCAACUGCUAUGUUAGUGCUGCCCCUGACUGGAACUAAGGAGCUUAGGCCUACUUUCAAAAACACUACUAUAGCCUUAUCCCUCCCCCACCAAACUUUACAGCUGGCACAAUGCAGUCAGGAAGCCAGUUGACUAAAGAUUCAAACCACCAGCUCUGUCCUGACAACUCACUAUGUCUUCCAUGACUUUAGAACGUUCUGUUUUGUCACGAGAAAGCACAGCGACCGGAGCAGGAUCCAGAGUAGGCCGUACAGGUUCCCAUCACUCUGCCCAAAGGUCCAUCCUAAGUUCGGCUAAGUCCUGGACGGAUACAAAGUCUGUUGUUUCAGGUCAUGAAGAAAAGAAGAAGAAAAAAAAUGAAGCUAACCCUUUCAAGAUUCCACCUGAUGUAGAUGUCUUCCAGAUUAGAGAUCAAGAAAAAGAAAAAAAGCAAAUGGAAAAGCAGAGGAACAAACAUCUGAAGGUUCACCAGAAGACAACGUACAAUACAAGGAUGAAUGCAGAAAUGGGCAGACUGAGGAAAGAGAUCGAGGAUGAGGAGAUGGAAGAGAUGGGAGGGGAAGUGGACAAGGCCCUGGCUUUACAUGAAAAUUCUUCAUGGAAACUUGCAGUGACAAGAGACAGAAACAUCCAGCGGGAAAGUCUGGAUGACUAUAUCAACAAGAAAAGAGAAAUGUUCCGUCUGGAGUAUGGCCUCCAAGUGAAAAGAGAGGAGAUCCAGAAGCUGGAAACCAUGGCUGCUUCUGAGGAGCUAAAGUUGGAGAAAGCAGAGCAGUUUCUGGAACAGGAUGCCAUCAGAUUCGAUGAAUUCCUGAAAGAAAAUGACAGGAAUUCUGUUGAGGCCAUGAAACAGGCUGACAAGGAAACAAAGUUGAAACUGGAGAGAGCUGCAGAGAUCAAAAGUCUAACAGCGCAAAUGAUGAACAUUAAAAGUGACAUUGCAAAAUGUGAGGAAAUUCUGCGGGAAUACCUCAUGUACAAGGAGUUUCUCUUCAGAUUGUCUCCUAAGGAGUGGCAGGAACAGAUACUCCAGAAGGUUAAGAAGGAGCGAGAGAGCAAGUUACACCUGCCCCCCAUUAGCAGGGAGAAGGAGAAAAGAGGCUCCGUGGCUCACAAGGUGUCUACAUCCCCAAUAUCAGCAAAGAAAUCAGAAUCUCGCUCAUCUGGACCCCUGGCCAGCCGGGACUCCACUCGAGAUAUCCGUCAGCCAUCCAGAUCCAGCCUGAAGACUGUGGCUUCUAAAAAAGCGACUAGUACAAUAGUCCAAGAAGAUGAAAACAGCAGUUCAGAAAACUUGAUCUCCUCAGACAGCGAAGAGGAGCCAGAGCUGUACUUUACUGAUCCACAACAACUACUAAAUAUCUUCUCUGAAAUGGAGGAACGAAACCUAUCACUGAUCCAAAACUCGCAGGAAACAGAAGAGGCAUUAGAGGAAAUCAAAAAUACCAUCACCGCGACUGAGAAGAAAAUGGAAAAUGAGACCCAGCAGCUGAAGGCCCAGAUUGCUCAUCUGCAGACAGCUAUUGCUCGAGAGGAGGAGCGAGCGGUAGAUCUGGAAAUGAAGUGUCGGGUAUUUGCCUUUGGCCAGUACAGUUUUGAAGAGCAGGAGAAGAUGUUGACAUCUCUCACCAAGAAAGUAGGGGACGUGUAUCAAGCCUGUAUAAAGGAAAACCGAGCAAAUCUGAAUGCCUUACAGAUGUUAACUAUGAUGGAGCAGCAGGUGGAAGAACUCUUAGACAACAUUGAAGCCAUCCCUAAAGAAAGGCUAGAGAUCGCUGAAAAAGCAAAGGAGAAGGAACGCCGGCUAAGGUUAAGAGAUGAGAAAAUUAAAGAGCAAAAACUGCACCAGGAGGAAAGACUGCGCCGUGCCUUAGAAAGAGCACAAGCCGACCCCAAAAAAACUACUGGCAGGAAACUGAUGACACGUUCUGAUCCUCCGGCAAUGAAACCCAAAGUUGAGAAAGACCAAGAUGCAGAUAAAGAGAAAGAGGAAGCAAUGUUUUUUUUCAGCUAGAGUAGUGACACUUUGUACUGCACAGGAAUAAGUUGUUUUAGUUUACAAAAAGUCUCUGCUUCUUUCUUCAAUACGGGAGCAGUGGCCUUUGUGUUAAGAAAUUCGGGGGGGCUUUAUUAUAACCAUUACAAAUAUAAUUGGGCAUCUUGUCCAUAUAGAUGUCAAAUUACACCUUUCAUUUAAUUCUACAGCUGUUUAGAGUCACAAAAAUGUGGAUGGAGGCGUACAGACACGGAUAAAUGUUGAGCUGGACAAAUUUUGGUUUUCACAAAGUUGCUUCAGUUUUUUAGAUCUUAUAGUCAGAUGUUUGUAAAGUAAACUGAAGUAGAUUUAUAAGCAUUUCAUAAUUUUGUAUAUGUGUAUUGACAAAUACAUCAAGUUUAUGCAAAGACUCAGUAUUUACAGUAUU